GAUCCGCUAACAAAAUCCUCCGGUGUGAAGUGGCGGCUACAUACGAAAGUGCUCCCCAUCUUUAUGCAAAAGUCCGGACCUUCAUCUCUUCGGAUCGCCUGGAUCCACUGCCUCCGUUGGUCCAGACUGAGGCGUCCAUGGACCCUCUGGCUCCGCUGCCUUCAUUACAGACUUGGAGCGCUCUGACAACUUUCUGAACCCUUUGCUUUGGAGAGGAGGGGAAGCGAAAGACGAGCACUUGAUGGGACAUAGCGCUGGAAGCACCAGGAGGCUCAUCUGGAGACUAGAUCUUGACUUUCAAACAGAGAUAAUCCCCCUCCUCGGGCCAUGACAGGGCAACUCCUCAGCCUUCUGACCCUUCUGGCUCUGCUGCUCUUUGUAGGGUUUGCAGAACUCAGCCUUUCCCCUAUUGAAGAGGACGAGGAUAACUACAUGCAGGAGAUGCUCACAAGGGAACGGUACAAUCAAGUUAGAAUGCCGGAGAAGUUAAUUUCCUCGACAGCCAACGCACACGGAGAACCGAAACAGAAGCCAGCACGGAAAAUGCCUAAUGGAGAGAUGGGAAAUGACAAGAAGACAGAUAAAAUCAGUGAUUCUACAAAACCAGUGAAAACACCCAACAGAAAGACAGUGAAGAACAAGAAGAGCUCCCUGAAAGAAUCAAACAUCAUCUCAGAAGGAGUCGCAGAGUUCAACUCAAUGACAGAGGAAUGCCCUCCCAUGGGACUGGAGACUUUGAAGAUUGAUGACUUCCAGCUUCACGCUUCGUCUACGAAACGUUACGGUCUUGGUGCACACAGAGGUCGUCUUAACAUUCAGGCUGGACUUUAUGAAGACGACCUGUACGAUGGGGCCUGGUGUGCAGGGAGGGAUGACCCGCUUCAGUGGUUGGAAGUGGAUGCCAGGAGACUGACAAAGUUCACGGGGGUCGUCACCCAGGGCAGGAGCUCCCUCUGGUCAAGCGAUUGGGUGACUUCCUACAAGGUCAUGAUUAGCAAUGACAGUCACACAUGGAUAACUCUUAAGAACGACUCAGCAGACUUGAUAUUCAGCGCCAACAGAGAAAAAGAAAUCCCCGUCCGGAACAUCUUUCCAUCACCUGUGGUCGCUCGGUACAUUCGAGUCAACCCCCGCUCGUGGUUUUACGGUGGCAGCAUCUGUAUGAGAGCAGAGAUCCUUGGCUGUCCUUUGCCAGAUCCUAACAAUUACUAUCACAGACGCAAUGAAGUCAUAACGACUGACGAUUUGGACUUCAGGCACCACAGCUACAAAGAGAUGAGGCAGCUGAUGAAGGUGGUUAAUGAGAUGUGCCCCAACAUCACACGGAUCUAUAACAUAGGAAAAUCUCAAAACGGCCUUAAAUUGUAUGCCAUAGAGAUCUCUGACAACCCUGGUGAACAUGAAGUUGGUGAACCAGAGUUUCGCUAUACAGCAGGUGCACACGGAAAUGAGGUGCUUGGACGAGAGCUCCUCCUCCUGCUCAUGCAGUUCAUGUGUCUGGAGUAUCUAUCAGGCAACCAGCGGAUACGUCACCUGGUGGAGGAGACCAGAAUCCACCUGCUGCCAUCCAUCAACCCUGAUGGGUACGAGAAAGCCUUUGAAGCGGGUUCAGAGCUUAGUGGCUGGUCUCUUGGUCGAUGGACCAAUGAUGGCAUAGAUAUCCACCACAACUUUCCUGAUCUCAACUCAAUUCUCUGGGAGGCUGAGGCAAAGAAGUGGAUUCCUCGCAAAAUGUUCAACCACCACAUCCCCACCCCAGAGUGGUACCUGUCUAACAAUGCCUCGUCAAACUCAUCUUUCGGUACAAGAGGAGAAGGGGUUGCCUUGGAGACACGAGCGCUGAUAGCAUGGAUGGAGAAAAUGCCCUUUGUGCUUGGUGGGAAUCUCCAGGGAGGCGAGCUGGUGGUGACCUUCCCAUAUGACAGAACUCGCUCCCAGGGGGUGACUCGGGAGCAGACCCCCACCCCUGAUGACCACGUCUUCCGCUGGUUGGCCUUCUCUUACGCUUCCACCCACCGCCUCAUGACUGAUGCCAGCCGACGGGUCUGUCACACAGAAGACUUCGCCAAGGAGGAUGGAACCAUCAACGGGGCAUCCUGGCACACUGCGGCCGGAAGUAUGAAUGAUUUCAGCUACCUACACACCAACUGCUUUGAGCUGUCGAUGCAUGUGGGUUGUGACAAAUUCCCCCAUGAAAGCGAGCUGCCUGAAGAGUGGGAGAACAAUCGGGAGUCUCUUCUUGUUUUCAUGGAGCAGGUGCAUCGUGGGAUCAAAGGUGUAGUCAGGGACAUACAAGGACGAGGAAUAGCCAAUGCCAUCGUCUCUGUAGAAGGCAUCGGUCACGAUGUUCGCACAGCUGCUGAUGGUGACUACUGGCGCCUGUUGAACCCUGGAGAGUACAGAGUAACAGCCAGAGCUGAGGGCUACAGCCUCACCACUAAAAAGUGUGAGGUUGGCUACGCGAUAGGGGCCACCAGGUGUGACUUCACCAUUGGCCGGAGUAACUUGUUCCGAAUCAGAGAAAUAAUGGAAAAAUACAACAAGCAGCCAAUCAAGUUGCCCAUGAGGCAGCUUCAGGCCCAAAGACCCAGAGAGAGACGCGUGGGAACAUAAUGACAACAUGAGGAAGCCUGGGGAGGAAUUGAAAGAAAGCAUCUGCUCUGAUGAGACAGGAUUGGAGUCCAUGCUCAGUUUUGGACAUUUGUUAGGUUCUUUCACUUAGUUAGGUUCUAAGUGUUGUCAGAAGAAUUUGUAUUUGGUUGCUCAAAUUAUGAAUGAAUCUAAUUGUGUGCAGAAUUUGAUCCUUAUGUUUUUAAUAGACAAUUGUUAUAGUUAUGGUUAACAUCCACACUGCACUGUCAUUUUUUUGUGUUUGGAAGCAGUAUAAGAGUUUGUAUUCUCCUUAUUAUGACAAAUACUAAAAGGUUAAGCUAAAGUUGCAUCAGAUCUUAUUUUUUUAAGUGAAAGUGAAAUAUGAAUGAUCAGUGCAAAGCCUGUUUGAAAUUGCCAUUGCGCACAUGCAGGCCCAGUGUAAUAAAUUAGAAUAUCAUCAGAAAGUUUGUUUAUUCUAGUGAUUCAGCUCCAAAUUGAAACCUGGAUUGCGUAGACCCAAUACACAAAGUUAUGUUCCAAGCUGUACUUUGUGUUGAUUUUGACAUUUGUUGCCUACUGCUAACUACAAAAAAAAGUUAUGUCAGUUGCUUGUGCCCUUUUACUUUACCACGUCUUUUCCUACUAUAAUACAAAAAAAAAUACUUUUAUUAUUUUGUGUAAUAUAAAAGUACCAUUGGCUGUGCACCACAACAGUCAACAAUAACAAAAAUAAACAUUUGGAAUAUACCACUGUGUGAAUUGAACCCAUAUAAAAUAUGAGCAAAAAUAUUUUUAAUAAAAUUACUUAAAUAAACCUUUUGUUGAUAUUAGUAAAAUUCUAAUUUAUUGCGAUGCACCACUACUUAACUUAUACAACACCGUAGUAAGUCAUCAUAGCAGCUUUCUCGUCAUAAAAGCACUUUGGUAUUUUUCUAAAAUACUUUUUGCUUUUUAGUUUGUUUUCUUUUAAUAAACCUUUGCACAACUUAAAAUUGCUGGUCUUUUGUGUGGAUUUUAGCACUGGAAAUUACUCUAGAAGCCAUUUAUUUUAUCCAUAAUUGUAUCCCAUUUUAUUUUUAGUCCCAAUUUUUUUGUAGGCUUGCAAUUUGUUGAAUGAAAUAUAAAUAAAAAUAAAUUUAAAAAAAAUUAUUUAGAUCCCUAAUAAAGCUUGACAAGUGAAAAUGUUGAUAUUCCAAACACAGCCUUGAAAUAUUUCAUACAUGACUAAUUGUCAGGGUUUUUUAAUUGUGUUAAAAUCACACAAAAAGAGUGAUAAAUACAAGAAGCUCUAGUUAAUGACUCAUUGUUCUUUAUGCCUCAUGCAUUUCUUCAUUUAUACAUAAAGAGGUGUUUCUAUUCUCAUCACAGCUUUUUUUCCUAAAAGCAUUCCUUAAAAAUUUAUCUAAUAGUUGUACUGAAGAAGAAUUGGGACAUUGAUUUUUUUGUUUAAAUAAGCACUGCGCUUUAAUAAAGAAAAUAACAUAUUUGUAAAUAAUCGUGGCAGACGUCUUCAUCCAUGUUGACAACUCCCAAGACAGAGGAACAAAAGAACUAUGUGAUACACUUAAAAUGUUGUAUUCUUUGUGUUAAAAUACCAAAGGU